CAGUUCUCAUUCACUCUACCCACAGCAGCAAAUGGACGGCGCAUCGCAUCGGCCGGGCAAGCUCAAGCAGCAGAACAAGUCGCACAAGACGGGUCGCCAUCGCGCGAAGGGCGUCCUCGACACCGCCAACAAAGGCCGCAUGAUUGACGACAACUCGUCAAGAACGAGCAAGCGAUCGACCAGCUCGUCGGACGCAAAGCGCCAGGACAGACGCAACCACCUGAAGCAGCAAAUGAAGGCUAAGCGCAUCGAGGCGCUCGCCCAGCGGAGAGGUAUUGGGCAGGGCGACGGCGCUCCAGUCACUGUGGCAAUCCUGCCGCUGUGCGCAGACGUCGAUGCGCGUCAGGUGCGCGCUGCCUUGAUCAAGCACAUCCAGGGCAACGACGCCGCCGCGGCCUCAGUGUCCGACUCGGGCAUGGUUGUGUCUGCACAGGAGGAUGCGAUCGAUUCGCGCGCUGUCGUGACAGUGGCCGUUCCCAAAUUCAAGUCUCGCCUCACCCUCGUCACCUCGCCGAACGACCUGUUUGCGCAGUGCGACGCUGCGAUCGGUGCUGACGUGGUGCUGUUCGUGCUGUCUCACUCUGUACCCGUGAGCGAGGCUGGCGAGCUGCUCAUCAGCAACGUGCGCUCGCAGGGCGUCCCUUCCGUUAGCUUUGCCGUCAACAAUCUGGAAGAGGUUCCGCCGCGCCGACGCGCCGAUCUGCGCAAAUUCUUGCUCAGCUACGCCUCGUCGCGGUUUAGCAAGCAGCAAAAGCUGUUUGCUUUCGACUCUGACUCGGAAGCCAGCUUGCUCGUUCGCCACCUCUGCGACAGCAGAAUCGAGACGAUUCACUGGCGCGAUCGUCAUCCGUACAUGCUUGCCGACCACGUCGGAUUCUCCGUCACCGACAGCACCGCCGGCACGGGCAUUCUCAGCGUCACGGGCUUCCUUCGCGGCCGCUCGCUCGAUGUGAACGGCCUGGUGCACUUGCGCAACUUUGGCGACUUUCAGAUCGGACGCAUCGAUGGUCCGAACGACCCUUACUCGCUCAACCGACGCAACGCGACGGGCAAGAAGCAAUCACAGCAGAACGUUGCCCAGAUGGACACUGAAGGCGAGACGGAGGAGGUGGACGAGCAUGGCAAUCGCAUUCUGGCCCGUCCUUCGGCCGAGCAGCAGCAGUCGCUCGUUUCAGAGAUUGAGCCCGACCCAAUGAGUCAACACCAGACCUGGCCCACUGUCGAAGAGAUGAAAGCCGCGCUCCGCCAACAGCGCGCCCCCCGUGUGCUUCGUGUCCCGAAGGGAACAUCCGAGUACCAAGCCGCCUGGAUUGUCGAAGACGGCGAUCGCGACGAAGACGACAACGGCGACGAAGACAGCGGCGAUGAGGACGACGAAAACGCCAUGGCCAUGGCCACAGAGUUUGAUGACGACGCCAUGGAUGGUGGCGACGCAAUGCAGGAUGGUGGCAAUGACGAGGACGAGGAAGAGUACGAAGACCUUGUUGAAGAAACUGCCGAUGCCAAGUACGAUGCCGAGAUGAACUUUGACGACGAAGAGCAGCAACUUGAGCACCGCCGACGCUUGAAGGAGCAAGCUGCGGAUGAAGACACCAACUUCCCCGACGAAAUUGAUACACCACGAGAUGUUCAAGCGUAUAUUCGUUUCCAAAAGUACCGUGGCCUCGAGAGCUUCCGAGCAUCGCCCUGGGACCCGAAGGAAAACCUUCCUUUGGAGUAUGCACGCAUCUUCCAAUUUGAAGACUUUGAACGAACCAAGAAGCGCGUGUUGCAGUCAUACGAGGGCGUCGAGUCUGGAUCGUACAUUACUGUCCACAUUCAAAACGUGCCUGUCGCGGCAUUUGAGGACUACCGCCCAGAAAUCCCAUUCCUGCUCUUUGGCCUCCUCGAGCAUGAAAACAAAAUGUCAGUGUGCAACAUUGCCAUCCAGCGCACCGGCUCGUUCGAGGCUCCCAUCCGAGCGAAGGAGCCCCUGUUGUUCCAAGUCGGCUUCCGUCGAUUCACCGCCGAGCCGAUCUAUUCAACGCACACACUCGGAUCCAAGCACAAGAUGGAACGUUUCUUGCAUCUCGGCCGCUUCACGAUUGCCACCAUCAUCUGCCCACUGGUCUAUCCCACGGCGCCAGUCCUUGUUUUCAAGGCGCAGGUUGAUGGCUCGCUGCCGUACGUUGGCUCGGGCACGCUGCUGAGCGUCGAUCCCGACCGUAUUGUGCUCAAGCGCAUUAUCCUGUCUGGCGUGCCGUACAAGAUCAACCGCCGCUCGGCAGUUAUUCGCUUCAUGUUCUUCAACCGCGACGAUAUUGAUCUGUACAAGCGCCACGAGCUUUACACCAAGCAUGGCCGACGAGGCCACAUUAAGGGCCCGAUCGGCACACAUGGUCACAUGAGCGUGACGUUCGAUCGUCAGCUUGUCAGUCAGGACACGGUCUGCUUGAAUUUGUACAAGCGCGUCUUCCCCAAGUGGACCUAUCAGCUGUUUGCUCGGCCAAACAGCAUUGUGCCCCUCGAUUACUUUGACGUGCACGCUGCUCAAGAGGCAGCACAGGCGUUUGCUCCCGCAGCAGCCCUGAUGCAAUGAAGUUAUGAUCUGGGUGUUGGGGUUUGUUUCCUUGUGAAAGCAGUACAUUUUUUGUGCAUCGCUUUGUGUUGGCUCUGGACAUUUUUCGCGAUGAGGAGAUUUUUUUUGGUGCACAAUUUCCAGCCUUGCCUUCUCAGAAAUUUCAAAAAGACAAAGAAAAUGCUCCCAAAUUUA